AUGGAGUCUCGCAAGACCCCAAAUCUCGGCGCUCCAAGGUUAUCACUCGACCGAAUAGACCACCUCGAAAAGGAUGCUCUUUGGAUACCAUACCACUCUCGCUCGAGUGACGUCGAGUUCCUAAAGAAGCCGGCUUUCCUUCGCGACGUAAUGGUUGGACUGGUCGGCUUGACUGAAACUAUCAUUGACAUCCAGAACCUUUUCUUUGACAAAGCACUCGACCUUGGCAUGAGCAUCGACGAGUUGUGGGAGGAAGCGAGUUCGUUGCAUCGGCGCCUUCAAGUAUUUCUCGAGGGAUUAGUGGACAUCGAGGCGCCACCGAUUCCGCAAGUGCUCUUUCUGCAGUAA